AUGGCGCUCAAGAUUGGCGCAAUCCCGGAGCUGCAGCCCACGGCCCUCGACGAAAUCACGGCCCGCUACAAUACGCUGCGCGCCACCUUCAAGUCCGGCCGCACAAAGGAUGUCGAGUACCGCAAGCAGCAGCUGCGCCGCCUGUACUGGAGCUUCGUCGACAACACGGAGCUGAUCGAGCUGUGCCUGAGCCAGGACAUGCGCAAGUCCAAGUUCGAGUCGCACAUCUCCGAGAUCGACUGGUGCAAGCAGGAGUGCCUCGACGCCGUCCAGCACCUGGACAAAUGGGUCCGCGACGAGACCAUCGACAACAUGCCGCUGCAGUUCUGGCCCAUGAAGCCGCGCAUCCGCAACGAGCCGCUGGGCACCAUCCUCAACAUUGGCGCCUACAACUUCCCCUUCCAGACCAACGUCACGGCCCUCGUCGGCGCCAUCGCCGCCGGCAACACCUUUGUCCUCAAGCCGUCGGAGCUGUCGCCCGCCUCGUGCAUGGUGCUGCAGAAGAUCUUUGACGACGCGCUGGACCCGGAGAGCUACGUCUGCGUCCAGGGCGGCCUCGAGCAGACCAAGCACGUGCUGGAGCACAAGUUUGACAAGAUUGCCUUUACCGGCGGCCGACGAACCGGCACCAUCAUCGCCAAGAAGGCGGCCGAGACGCUGACGCCCGUGCUGCUGGAGCUGGGCGGCCAGAACCCGGCCUUUGUCACCCGCAAUGCCGACCUCAAGCUUGCAGCCCGGCGGCUGCUCUGGCAAAAGGUGCUCAACGCCGGCCAGGUGUGCCUCUCGCACAACUACGUGCUCAUUGAGCGGUGCGUCCAGAACAAGUUCAUCGACGAGCUCAACAAGCAGUACAAGGAGUUCAUGCCCGAGGGAGCAAAGGCGAGCCCCGACUAUUCUCGUGUUGUCAACAAGACGCACUAUGAGCGGCUGAAGAAGAUGGUGGACAACUCCAAGGGCAAGAUUGUCAUGGGAGGGUCCAUGGACGAGAGUGAUUUCUUCAUUGAGCCGACUGUUGUGCUGGUUGAUGAUGUGAAUGAUAGCAUGGUGGUGGAAGAGUCGUUUGGUCCUGUUUGGUCUAUUCUGCCGUAUGAUACCCUGGACGAAGCCAUCAACAUGGCUAAUGAGAUUGAUCCCACGCCAUUGGCUCUUUUCACAUUUGGCUCGGAUAAGGAGAACGAGAAAGUACUCAAAAACGUCACGUCAGGAGGAGCCACCAUCAACGACGGCUUCUUCCACGCCAUGCUCAACCCCCUCCCCCUCGGCGGCAUCGGCACUUCCGGCAUGGGCAACUACCACGGCUACUUCUCCUUCAAGACCUUUAGCCACCAGCGCUCCAUCGCAAAGGUGCCCGGCUGGGCAGACAAGCUCCUCCGCGUGCGAUAUAUGCCCUACUCGUGGGGCGACCUGAAGCGCCACCACCGCAUGGCGGCCCCGAAACCCAACUUUGACCGCAACGGCAACCUGACCAAGGGUCUGAGGUACUGGCUUACCAUGCUGCUGAGCCUAGGCUCUAAAAGCGCUGCAGGGUUCGUGUUCCGGCUCGGAGUUGUGCUUGCUAUGGCUGUGACGUUGCGUCUGAAACGGGAUUUUCUAGGACUGUGAACUAAAUGACGAAGAAAUAAGAAUAAGAGAUUAAGAAGAGAAGAGAAUAAGAAAAGGACCAUGUGUAGCGUUGUGUUCUCACAUGGCUGGCUCCCAACAAAACUGCGUGGAAAGCUACCAAGGUGAUGUCUGGUUGGAAAUUUUACUGCUCGAAUCUGGUAGCAUGCAGCUAUGAUAUUGUGGCCUCUGUUUAGGCACACAUGUAUGUAUUUGUAAUACUCCUUACCCUCUUUAUGAUGGGUAAUAAUCUAUCAAUGGCGACAUUUUUUUUUGUGCCUUUUUCUACCCAUCUACCACCAGUGAUCAAACGACCUUUUGGUGAAGCAAAUGCCCGCAGGCGUCUCUUUCAUGUGUCCAAUUUCUUGAAUUGAGCCCGUAGCCUUGUUCCUCUUUCUGCCCUUCUAUCGUCCAGCCAACGCUGCAGCUAGUCUUUGCCCCCUCUCGCCUCCCAGGUAGAUAUCAUCCUCUAUCGACUCCCUUCCAAACUCAACCGCCUCGUUGUAACCCCUCG